GCGAUGCACCCAUCUAUCUGCAAGCAACAAUUUGCUUUCCUUUCCUGAGACUGAGAGCUAGCUGAGCUCUGCUGCCACCGACCGACGUGAGUGAAAAAUCAUCUUGGAUUUCGAUCGAGCAAGUGUGAGAUCAGCGACAUUUGUGGGCCGGGAGCGGAGUAUUGGUCUAAUCUGCAGGCGAUGGGUUAGAUGUAUAUCCGGCAGCCAUGUUUUUCAUCCUCGAUGUCUUGAUAUCUUCAUCUGGGGCUGGAUGUAUUUCUUUCUUGGAUUAUUUUCUUCCUCCUGUCCUCCUCGACUACAGGACUACUAACUCAAGUGUCAGAUCAACAUCUGUGGUGUGGCUGACAUGGUUUUCUUUUGCUGCUGGUAGCACUACUAGUUACUUCUUUCUUUGGAGAACAAUCAAAUGGAUCAUCCAAUAGAACUGGAGGUACAUGACUUUGAUGACGCCCCGAGAAAGCUGUUGGAUCUUAUGCUGCGCUUAGAGUCAAAUAAAGGAGCUAAGUCAUUCUUCUUUGGUGGCUGGCUCGGCUGUGGUGUUGGAGCCUCUGCUGUUCUCAAAGCCACAUCUGAACUCCUGAAAUCUGAAAGAAGUGAUCCUGACAUGACAGAGCAUUUUGACAAAAUUAUCCAUGUAGACUGCUCUAUGUGGAAAAAUAGGAGAACUAUGCAGAGGGCAAUCGCGGAGGAGUUAAACCUUCACCGUUUGAUGCACAUGUUUGAUAAGCAGGAUGAGGAUGAUGAUUUUAGAGGUAUAGACGUGAGCUCUAGAGUGGAGAUACCAAGUAUCGGAAGAGAGAUCAAUGCGUCUCUAAGAAAUGAAAGGUUCCUGCUGAUUUUUCACUAUGGGGGAGAAGAAGAUAUUGAUUUGACAGAGUGUGGCAUUCCUAAUCCUGAUUUUGGAACCUAUGCCUUAGGAUUACUUUUAUGGACCAAUUAUGGAAGAUUUCAGCUCUCGGAGAGAAAAGAGAAGGUAAACUCAAGUCCUUCUUAUUUUAAAACAAUUUAUUUAUGUCCCAAUGAGGAUGACCACUCGGAGCAGCUAUUGUAUCGUUUAUUGCAUGAAGAAGCUACUGAAGUGAUUGGUUAUACUGGCAUGGAUGAUAUCAAACCAUCAAUAGUCUUGGAUUGUUUCUUGUAUUCACUAUUCCUCACAGGGCUACUACAUAAAAAACCUAUCAGUGUUGACUAUGACUGGGAUACACAUGCUUGCAACUACUGGAUAUGUGAUGACAUCCUUCAAGGGGAAAAAUCAUGUGAGGUUGGCAAUGCAUUGUAUGGAGUGAUACAAUUGUUGUGCAAUCCAUCCAAGAAAACAAAAAGAUUGGCAGAACAUUUCGGUCAACGAAGAGAUCUAUUUAAGCGUUGGAUUUCAAUCUCUUCCAACCAACUAGGAGAAAAAGAUAUCUCAGCUGGUCCUGUCAAUGCAUCAUCAUAUUUUGUAACAUUUGGGGGAGAUGGUAAACUACAAAUACCAAAUGGUCUAUUUCAACUAGCCAACAACCUCCGCGUGCUAAAAUUGUGCAAUUGCAGCUUUAAUUUUCCAUCCCCUCCUUUCAUAUGCUGCCACAACCUAAAAUUUCUUUGGCUUGACCAUUGCACAAACACUGGGGAGGAGCAAGGUGGAGCUCCAUGUUUCCCAAACAUGUCGGUGCUUGACAUACGCUUCACAGAUUUUGCCCUGUUGGCCUAUAUGAUAGAGCUAAUGACCAAUCUCAAGGAGGUAAAUACCAUGGGCGUCUCUUGGAGAACUGUAAGUCAUGCAUGGAAAAAGCUACAAAAUCUUCACAAGCUCCGGGUGACCGAAUCCUUAGAUGUGAUCACAGUGGAGACAUGCUCUUCGGUGGAUAUGAUGAAUCUGGAGCUCCUUGACUUGUCAGGUAACAUUCAUAUGGAAUCAUUGCCAGAAAUAUCAUCAGCGGAAAACUUGAAGGUUCUUAUCCUUGAUGGUUGUUCUAGCUUGGAGCAUGUUGCAAUCGAAGGAGCCCCUCCAUCACUCGAGAGUUUUAGCUUUGAUGGUUAUGGCCCGGCAGAGAAAUGGACACAUCCCAUAGAACUGCCAAAAAGGGAACUGCGUCCCAAGUCUUAUCUUUCUAUAGUUCAAGAAGCCAAGGUGAGAAGGAUCUCCCUAAAGGGUUGUGCUCAAUUGCGCAACAUUUUCUUUCGUGCAUUGCCCAAUCUUGAGGAGCUGGACCUCUCUGACACAUCCAUUGAAACUCUUGAUCUCCGUGCAAUGGAUGUCCCACGGCUCAAGAAGCUAUUCUUGCUAGGUUGUGAGCAACUCUGUAGCCUACUUUGGAAUGAAGGAAACCGUUCAUUGAGAGUUCUACAUGUAGACACUCGGGGGAAGACUAGAUCAACGAUCUACCAUGGAGAACAGAUGCCCUCUUCCCUGGAGGAAGUUAUGGCUUUUAUAGAGGGAAGGUUCCUUUUGUCCGCCAUAAUGGGACUCUCUCGGAUUACUUGGCCUGACUCCAAGAUACACAUCCAUAUAUCUUCUAAGAUCCAUAACCGGGUCAACAUCACCAAAAGUAUGGAGGACAUUGGGCCUAUCCAAGAGGGUAUGGUUCCUAUAGGGCUCUUCUUACCUUAUAGUGAUAUUGUCCUUAGCAAGGAUGUUGUCACGCGCUCGUUCUUGGUAUGGGACAGACGACAACUUUAUCCUUUGGGCAUGCAUAUCGAGAUUGGUGAAGGGAGCCACCACUUAGAGAGUAUAAAUGAUAAAGAAUUUCGCGAAGGUUUGACUCAAGUUAAAUCAUUGCAUGUGCAUGACAAUAUAUCAAUCACAGUUAUCCUUCCGGCGGGAUCAAGAUAUUGGAACCAUCUAGAAUGGUGCCAUGUUGAGAGGUGCCCCAAGCUGCACACUUUAUUCCCUUGUUGGGGUAAAUAUAGGGGCUUUGAGUCACUAAGGAUAUUUUCUGCAGUUGAUCUCCCGAUGGUCCAUUGCAUCUGGGAUAGAGUCACUUCAUAUAAGUACUACUACAACUUUGAUAACUUACAACACAUAUACUUGCAUAACUGUCCUAGGCUGGUGUUCGUCCACUAUAUUCGCUUCGCAUUGUAUAAUUUGGAGACCAUUCAGAUUGCGCACUGCCCUAAUCUCCAACAUAUUUUCCCACUGGACGACAAACAUUUCCCUCCAAAGAGAUAUUCUAGUGUCAGAUUCAACAAGCUGAAGCACAUCAAGCUAUACCAUCUGCACAAGCUAGAACAGAUAUGUGAUGCCACAGUUAUGUGGGCUCCGGCGUUGGAGACGGUCAGCCUCAGGGACUGUUGGGGCCUGAGGCGGCUACCAGUGGCAUCACGUUAUGGUCCUAAGCCGGUGGUGGAUUGUGAGAAGGACUGGUGGGACAUGCUCGAAUGGGACAACUUUUGGGAUCAUGACCCGUCGCUCUUCGAAACACGCCACUCGUCCUACUACAAGAAUGCCCUCCCGAGAGUCUCUGUUCUAAGGUAAUCUGGAGCAUGCAAAGGGAGGUCGACCGGCUUACAUGGACCAUGCAUGAGCCUAUUGGCGUUACAAUCAAGUCGUGACCUCUCUCGCAGCUUGAUCUCGGAAGUGCUUCAUUUCCCAUUGACUGUCUGUUUUGCAAUCAUGUGUGUUUGUCACAAGUUCCAUCUGCAGAAUGAUGAGGGUGUUGCUGCGCAUGGAGGAAUAAAUAAAUGGUGUGCUUUCUUCACCAAGCUAUAUAUACACCUCAUGUGGGUAUGUGCUUGAUUGGAUUGGUGUGUCACGCAAGCAAGCGGCAUUGGAUGGCUUGCUUCAUUUGUUUCUCCAGCUCAAGCUUUGGUGUUCACGAUCAUGGAGCUGGCUGGCUAUCGUGUUGGUUUGUAAUAAAGGAGUUUGUUUGUGCCCAGCCGUGCAACAAUAUAUGAAGCUAGCACGGAUAUGUGUGUGUGUGCGCGCGUGUGUGUGAUUUUUGAACCAUAUAUAUAAAACUGAGCUUGAUUUG